AUGGGGAACAGACUCACCUGCUGCUGCUGCCUGAAGCCCAAAGCCAGCCGCAGGCGGGGCCGGCAGUCUGCUAAGUCUCUUGGCCGUGACCGUGCGGCGGACCGAACUGAUGAGGAUCUUGAGUUCUUGGAUUUCCUCUUCACCAAAGACAUCCCUGUGCUGCGCCUCAGUGACCUGCGAUUGCCCAAAGGUUUAAUCCCUUCUGACCAUCCAAGCGCAAACACAAUUUUCCUGAAGAAAUCUCAAAUGGACGUGCGUGGAAGUAGGAAGAACAGCUAUUCCUACCAUGUGUCUCCUCGUUGCCGUAGGGAAAAGUACAGCUCAUGUGCUACUUUAUAUGUUGAUAGCACUUUUUGUCAGCCUGAUCUGAGAAUCACCGUGCAGUGCCUGGCAUUAGCAAUCUAUUACCACAUAAAGAACAGAGAUUCAAAUAGAUCCAAGGACAUUUUUGAUGAGAGGAUCCACCCUUUCACAAGGAACAAGGUUCAGGAGGAACACUUUACACACAAUCCUGAACCUGAAUCUAUUUACCGAUUUAUUCACCCGUUUUUCAUCGCUAUAAAAGUAACAGCGGGUUACGCAAUAUCAACUUUGAUUUACAUAGAAAGGCUUUUAAUAUAUGCUGAAAUCGACAUUUGCCCAUCUAACUGGAAACGAAUUGUUUUGGGAGCCAUUGUUCUUGCUUUCAAGUAUUGGCACGAUCUGAAUAUAUCGAAUUCAAUAUUCUGUCAAAUCCGCAGGGACGUGGCAGUCAAGGACUUAAAUGAGUUGGAAAGGCAAUACUUUUUUCUACUGCAGUUUGGUCUUAAUAUUCCUCUCAGUGUCUAUGCCAAAUACUAUUAUGACCUCCGGUCCUUAGCAAGUGACCAUGGAUUGCCUACUGCAUUUGCUCCUCUUCGAAAAGAAAGAGCACUGACUCUAGAGGCCAUAACCAGAUAUUGUGAGAACAAAAACCUGUGCAGGGUGGCCAUAAAAAAAUCUGGCAGCUGUGAUAAACUUACUGAUAUGCAACAUGCCGAUGCCAUCUUAUCUUAA